GUCGGUUGGCAUUUUCGAAUAAUACGCAAGAUGAGUGCUGCUCUGAAGCCGCACAUGGUGAUUGGUAUUGACCUGGGAAUGACAUGUACCGGAGUAUCAUAUGCAAACCUUUCUAUCGGUAGUGAGACCGUUCGCUGGGUGCAAAAAUGGCCAGGUCGCUUUCAGGCCAACGAAAACAAAGUCCCAACUGUUGUGGUCUAUCCAAGCGGUAGCGACGAACCGUCAUCAUGGGGAUUCCUCUCAGAAACCGCAGCGGAGACUACCUCCGAGGAUAAAGAGUACAAAGAGUGGUUCAAAACAUGCCUUGAUGCAGAUAAGUUACGACAGAAGCAGAUUGAGGACCCUGAAGGUGCACCAGCCAGCCUGCAAGAAGUCGAAAGAUGGUACUGUGACUACCUCCGGAAGCUGUACGACUACUUGAAGUUUAAGUUAGGCGGAGAGUUGUCCGGAGUGACAUGGAAGGACGCACGGGUUGAGUUCAUCUUCAGUGUGCCCACGACGUGGGCUCCUGUACCUACCGUGGAGAACUUCAAACGUAUAGUGUGCGACGCAGGCUUCGGUUCUCAGACCAAACAUAGCGUCAGAAUCGGCCUUACCGAAGCGGAAGCUGCUGCUGUUCAUGUAUCAAUUGAGGCACCCGGAAUCUUCCACGAGAACGAUAUACUGCUGGUAUGCGACGCCGGUGGCGGGACAACAGACUUGAGUGUCUUGCGCGUUACUGGAACAGUCAAUCAGACUAUCAAUCUGCAGCAGUUAGAUGUGGUAUUUGGUGAGACAAUAGGAAGUGCAGCCAUCGACUACGAGUUCGAGCAGCUUGUUACGCAGCGCUUGACUGCUGCCCACAACACAGUUCCAUUACCGAUCGAACCAGCCGAUGCAGCUUGGGAGAUGAUGAAGAGCAAGGAUUUUCAAGCUGUCAAGUGCGAGUAUGGCGCACCGGACGACACACCUAUCUUCAGCAUUGGUAUCCCACGUGUACCAUACACAUACAACAACUAUGCUCCCGAAGCACGCAUCCGCAACGGAGAGGUGAUGUUUGAUCGGCAUGAUCUGCAGCGUCUGUUUGACAAGCAGAUCGCGAAACUUUUCAAACUCAUCGAUACCCAACUCGAAAUCCUGCAACAGAAGCUUCCGCACCAGCAAGUCGCACACCUUGUCCUGUCAGGUGGAUUGGGAAACAGUGCGUACGUGCAAGCCCAGCUCCGCCAGCACUACCAAGACACAGCCAUUCCGAAUGCGCAAUCUAUCUCUGUCCGCAUAGCACCAGAUCCUCAGCUUGCCGUGUGCAAAGGCCUUGUCGCGGAUCGCAUCCGCAAGCUGCUUACAUCGCACUCUGUACUCGGGUGGCGAUGCUGUAGAGCUUCCUACGGCACAGCAUGCAAAAUCAUGUACGACAAGCGCAAUCCAGAGCAUCAAGGGAAGCAACUAGUCAAGGAUGCGUUGAAUGGAAAGAUGUACAUCACGCAAGCGAUAGCAUGGUUUGUCAAAAAAGGCGAGCCGGUCAGCGUCGACAAUCCUAUCGUCCAUCGGUUCGUCAAGAACGUCAGUCCCGGGGAUCCAAGGCGAGCAUUUCCAACAAGCGUCAUCGAGAGUAACCUUGAAGCCGCCCAACUGCCGGAGCAGAUGAACGAACACACACGCCUCCUCUGCGAGAUAUCCUCCGACCUCUCCGUUGCCGACGAGAAGAAAUUUGUCGCUAAGAACGCCCACUUCUGGUCCCUCAAAAAGCACUACCUACGCAUCGAGUACUCCAUCCGUGUCAUCAUCGGCCCAGCAGACAUACGCUUCGAGCUCUGGUUUGAUGACCAGAAACUCAGCCGCGACGAGUCUAUCACCGUCGAAUGGACGCCGGCAGCUCCGCCAGCAUCUGAGCACUUUGACCCGGCGACGUAUGGCAGGGUUGAGCUGCCGGAUACUCCGCUUAUGAGUAUGAGUAGCGGACCCGAGAACGGAAGUACCGAUAGUAGGUUGAAUGGGAAGACCACGAGAACAGAGACGAAUAUCGUAAGGAGGGAGAGAGACGAGAAUGGAGAAGAGAAGAAAAAGAGAGGAAUGAGUGGAUUACUAGGCAAGGCGACAGGAGGGAGAUGGUCGCUCUCAGCAUAAAGACGUCUCGCGUGUUACUGUCAACAUCACCUUCAUUGCAUCGCAAUCCAGCGGAGACUUUGCAACAUUUAAUGCACACCAUUUGCUGGCCUUUCUUCGGGCACUGUAGAGUAGUCAUUGCCAAACCAUUGUCCAAGCCACUCCAAGCCGCACUAAUUAC